UUCCGGACGUGGAUGUGAAAGACCGUUGGUUGGAGAAUUGAUCUGCAUCUUCAUGACAAUAAAGCUAUCUUUUGUGCAGUAUUACGAUCCAAUUUAAAACGCAAUCUUUUUUGUUUAGAUAGUUAUUUCUUAUUUGUUUACAAUUACAGAGUCAAACGAAAUGUACCUUUCCUUGUUCGGAACAUAAUAACGCUACCCGUCUAGCUAAAGGAAAGAGAAAAGGAGGAACUAAAGUUGACCUAAUGUGUUAACUGUCGCUGCACUGCUCCCGCUUACCUCUUCUCGGUUAACGUGAUCUCAGCUCCGGAGCCGCUAUGAGCUGCUCUAUUCUCCCGCUGAUCGUAGUCGUGCUGUCAGCCCGGUCGGCUAUCGGAGACCCGGCCGGACCCGCUGAUGGCGACGGAGCUCCGCCUUCUAAAAUAGCGGUGGUCGGGGCGGGGAUAGGAGGCAGUGCCACCGCCCAUUUCUUGCGGCAGCACUUUGGCCCUGAGGUCCAGGUGGAUGUGUUUGAGAAGGGGGAGGUCGGAGGCCGUCUCGCCACUGUAACCGUCAAUCACAACGACUACGAGUCUGGAGGUUCUAUCAUUCACUCCCUCAACCUACACAUGCAAGAGUUUGUCAAACAGCUAGGUUUAAAGUAUCGCCGCAGCGUGGCGGGAAAGACAGCGGUGUUUAACGGCCAGGACAUGAUUUUGGAGGAGACAGACUGGUACCUGCUGGACCUUUUCCGGCUGUGGUGGCGCUACGGCAUCAGCUUCAUACGCCUGCAGAUGUGGGUGGAAGAAAUUAUGGAGAAAUUCAUGAGAAUCUACAAGUACCAGGCCCACGGCUACGCCUUCAGCUCAGUGGAGGAACUACUAGACUCUCUCGGUGGAAGUGGCUUCAUCAACAUGACCCAGAGGCCGCUCUGUAAUUCGCUGCUGGAGCUCGGUGUGUCGCAGCGUUUCAUCGACGAGGUCAUUGAGCCCAUCAUGAGGGUCAACUACGGACAGAACGUCAGCAUCCCCGCCUUUGUAGGCGCUGUUUCGUUAGCUGGGGCCCAGAACAACCUGUGGGCGGUGGAAGGAGGCAACAAGCUGGUGUGUUCUGGCCUGCUGAAGAUGGCCAACGCCAACCUGCUGCAAGCACAAGUCAACUCCAUCUCACCCGUCUACUCUGGGGACGAGCCCCAGUACCAGCUGAGCUUCACUACGGCAUCAGAGACCAGAUCAGAGCUGUAUGACAUUGUAGUGUUGGCGACGCCCCUCCAGGCCAGUGUCAGGUCUGGAGUCCAGUUCCAAGGUUUCACUCCUCCCUUUGACGAGCUCCCCGGCAACUAUCACAGCACUGUGGCAACAAUUGUCCACGGUUACCUCAACACUUCUUUCUUUGGUUUCCCGGACCCUCGCCUCUUCCCCUUUGCCAGUGUUUUGACAACUGAGACGCCUGAUCUGUUUUUCAACAGCGUGGCAAGCGUUUGUCCCGUCAACAUCUCGACAGGCUUUCGACGUAAGCAGCCACAAGAGGCCGGGGUCUAUAAAGUGUUCUCGCAACAACCUCUGGAAAAGACUCAUCUCAAAACACUGUUCAGGUCGUACUACUCAGUUCAGGUGACAGAGUGGCAGGCCUACCCUUGUUACGGCAGCAGCCAGGGACUGCCACCUGUGGAGCUCCACCCCAAUCUCUACUACCUCAAUGGCAUUGAGUGGGCCGGCAGCGCCAUGGAGAUGAGCUCAGUGGCGGCCAAGAACAUCGCCCUGCUGGCUUACCACCGCUGGAACAGACAGACGGACAUGGUGGACCAGAAAGAUCUUAUGCACAGAAUCAAGACUGAACUUUGACCUGGUUAACUGAAAGCCUUAUCGCAUCACUUACCUGAUGUGCAUGAAAAUGCCUGUAUUGGGGUACAUUUUACAGUUGACUUGUGAAAAGUCUCCAGUGGCAAAGUGUAUACAGAGGCAAGUAAUAUAUUACUACAUACAUCUAGUUCACUGAAUUAACGAUACAUAUGUUGAACAUAGUCUUACCUGCCUUAUCUUAAAUAAACUUAGACAUACAUUAGAAAAACAGUAUCAAAUUCAUAUCAAGUCCAAAACUAAUUUUAAUCUCCCCACUAUUGACAGCUGUGGUACUGCCCAACUGUCCAAAGACCAGUUUGAUUUUGGGCCAGAGACAAUAAAAGCAGAUAUAUGAAACAUUUUUCAGUAUUGGUUGAGGAUUGAUUGCUAAUGCUAGUUAGUGGUUUCAACCGAAAAUUCAGCUGCAGGCAGCUUUUCUUUGCCAAGAAAUAAUAAAACAGAGCAAACGUGGAAAACAUCUAAUACUAUUAAUCUUAGUUGGAAGGGAAUGGACUGUUAGGAGACACUGUUUUAUUGAGUUUCUUUAGUAUGUAUCAACGCCAGUUAAUAUGAGUACUAGUCUAAGGUUACUGAUACUGCUCUGUGUAAAAAAAAAAAAUGGUGUGUCCAAGUCAAGAAAACACUCUUGAAAUCAAGAUUGAGAGCAUGAAUGAGACUCUUCUAAAUGGUUGCUUUUUGACGGCACUGACAGCUGUAAGAUAUUUGUCAGGUCACUGACACAUAAACCAGCCUUCUGUCAUAUAAUCAAAAACCACUGCAGCACUGCUAGGACUAAUACUGUCUAUACAUUUAAAGACUGUCAAUGAAGUUAUUAUGGGCCAGAACUGCACAAGGAGAUCUUAUUAAUCUUAGAAAGAUCUUUGUAAAAAAUGAAAUCAUUAUUCAGUGACUCAUAGUAGUGGCCACUGGUGCUAUGCUCUAUUGCCCCUUUCAUCCGACUGUUUCAUUAUCUCCCCUUCCUGCUGCUUUUGUUGCAUUUUUUGAGGCACUGAGCCAACAGGCUUUUACACUGGACCGAAUGAAAGCAGAGGACAGAGCUGCGGAACUGCUGGUGGAUGACACCCGUACCCCUCCCCCUGCAUCCUGAUUUUUUUAUAAUAAGCACAAUAAUCUAGGAAAAAAACGCAUACGAAGGUAGAGUUGGACAUUCACUUACAGUAGUGGCAAGUGCAAAAACGAUGGUGUGACAUGUUAAGAAAACUGACUUUUGAUUAUCCUCAUUACUUCUUUUAUUCCUUUUUUUUAAUUUAUAACAGGGGAUUUAGACUGAAGUGGAUUUCUGUUCUCAGAAAAACUUAAUUUAACUGUUGCCAACUAAAAACUUUGACUCCAAAGGGUUUUAGUUGAAUGAUGUCAUAUAUGAGAAAACUUCAACCCUUUAAUCUGAACUUUUUUAAAACACCACAAUGAAUAUUGUUUAUCUUUUUUUCUUUUCUUUUUUUUUUUUAUUCAAAGUUUUCACUCAGCCUCAGCUUCUGUAGAUAUACAGUCGAAUACUUGGUAUCCUGUACAACAAAAACAAUGCAAAUGCACACAAUGCAUAUUAUUGUAUGGAACCAUCUUGUGGACUGACAAACAAUCCCAAAUCAAGAUUCACUUACUUGGGAAGUGUUCAACGGCAUCUCACUGAGGAAGAUCCAUCCACUAGUGAAGGUCGUCAGAUGUGAUUAAAAGUUAAGACAAAAAUGAGGAAAGAGACUUUGAGAAAAGAUUAUUUCUUUACAUGUAACCUUUGCUGCUUUACAAACUUUCUGCUACAGUACAGCAUGUAUCCACAUUUUCCUUCUGCCCGAUAAACAAAAUAACGCAGCUGUUUAUAAUGAAUGAUGUUCACUAUUCUGACUGUUGAUAACAUUAAAUGAAUGUAAGGUUUGCUGUAAUUUUGUUUUGUUUUUUAAAAAUAACUAAAAACUCUGGGCAGGAAAUUGACUUGUUGAAAAACUUCCUUUGAGUGAGUACUGAACAUAAUCUGUUUUCUUGCUUGA